UCUUAUCGCACGUGGUAUUUCUCAAACGCGGUUUAACGGGUUACUUCGCAAAACAAUGACUGAAUGCAGCUUUAAGCUGGGCGUCCAUCAUUUCCCGAACGCUUUCCGUUUAAUAAAAGGUCACUCGGUUUGUGUAAGCAGUUUCAAAGUGCAUGAAGUUUUGAAUUCGGUUAUUGCUGGACGGCCGAAGCGCUUCUCUUCCAUCGCCCCACCUUGGUGAUGAUAAGUGAGCUAGAAACAUCGUCCCAUCAUCAUCAUCCCUGCCCCUGCGCGCACCCCGCCCAUCUCCGUUCCACUUCGCCUGCGCUUCCUUCUCAUUCAGCAAACGCACUGUCCUGUGGCGAGAGAGGGGUCCUUUCCACCCCACAGCCAAACAAAAGAAGGCUGGAAAAGGAGCAAAUCUAGCAAAGACCUCUUAAAGGGCUGGAGGACCCCUGAAUUCUGCGUUUUUGUGUGAAGAGGGCAGCGUUCUUGAGCAUAUUGCAGGAAGGAACACUGGGAAUCUUUUUAAUAUCCAUCUGCUGGCAGUGUGUCAUGUGGAGUGAGGGGUCACACAGGAGGAUGACCUGUUUUUCACCUGUCGUUCUCCAGUAUACAGCUGAACGGGUUUGCCUGCGAGAAGACUCUCUCUGAACAACCCUCCAACACGCGCUCAGAUGCUCACCUGGGUCUGUGUCCGGUUUGGGCUCCAGUUUUUAAAAGCAUCGCCUCAGAGAUCCCACUGUCCGGGGUGAUAGAAGCGCUGGAGCGAUGCAGUCCAUGCUGUCCUCUGCUGUCGUGCUAUGCUUCCAGGUCGUGUUACAGUUCUACAGCCCGUUACAGGUGUUCGCAGUGGAAAAUGUUAACUUUGGAGUACACGUAGAGAAUCAGACAGGGGUGCGGGACGGCCUGAGCCGGAAACACCAUCGGGUUUACCAACUGUACAGUCGGACCAGCGGAAAACACAUCCAGGUGCUUGGCAAAAAAAUCACCGCCAUGGGAGAGGAUGGGGAUAAAUAUGCCCAGCUCGUGGUGGAGGCCGACACCUUUGGGAGUCAAGUGAGAAUAAGAGGAAAAGAGACAAACUACUACUUGUGUAUGAACCGUAAGGGGAAGCUCUUGGGGAAGAAAGACAGCAGCGCAAACGGAGGCUGCAUUUUCAUCGAGAUAAUGCUUGAGAAUAACUACACCGCUUGGAUGUCAGCGCGCUAUGUGGGCUGGUACAUCGGCUUCACCAAAAGGGGCCGACCACGCAGAGGUCCGAACACGUUACCCAACCAACGAGACGUGCAUUUCAUGAAACGCUUCCCUCCAGGAGAGCAGCCCGACCUGCAGGCCUGCAGCUUUACUACGGUCAGCAAGAGGAGCAAAAGAGUCCAGCAGACCUCCACUGCUCCUCCAGCACUCCAGUGAUACUACAAACACUGACUGUUGCGCAAAGAUCACGUCUUACAGAGGAUCUAGAGACGCUCUUCCUUACAACGCAAAUAGGUUAGGCUUUAGGACCAACCUUUCAAUAGAAGUCACAGUCAGAGGACCGACAAGGUUGCUUAAACAUUGUGUAAUCAUGCAAAUAUAACCAAAGACUCCUGGGCAAUUGUCCAGUCACUAAACCCUGACAAUAAGGGGACCAAGCACUUCAGAGGCCAAAGAAUUCCCCUCUAAUGUCCAGUGCCACUAUGAAUGAGCAAAGAGCUCUACUUGCGUUGAGUUGUAUGGCUGGAAAACUGGCAAGUGCAUGGAAUAAUAUGCAUUAGUUGAAACUUUGAGACUUCGAUGGUUACGACCAAAAGGGCCAUUAAAGGACCUACUUUGUGAACUCAUCAAAUUCAACUUUGGGCCAAUUAGAGCCACGAGAUUGUAAACAAGAACCAAAGUCAUUCAGAAUGUAUUUGUCAAGAAAAUCUUAUUUGACAUCCUGGUGAACAUGUAGUUAUGGUUUUGCUACAGAUAUAUCACAUUAUACCAGGAGUAUCUAGAGUCUUUCAUAUUCUUCCAAUGAAAGAGUGUAAUUUAAAGGGAGUGACAUACACUACCGUUCAUUAUGUUUGGGGUUGGUAAGAUUUUUAAACGUUUUUUGAAAGAAGCUCCUAUACUCACCAAAAACCGCAUUUGAUCAAAUACAGAAAAAUAUGGUGAAACAAUUACAAUUUACAGUAACUUUUCAGUUUUCGUAUAUUUUUUCAUUGCAUGAUUUGAAUGUUGAACAGUUGUGCUGCUCUAUAUUUUGUCAAAAUCAAAAGUACAGUAUUACUGAAUUUAAUAUCCCAGUUGAUCAGUUCAACUCAUCUUUGCCGAAUAAAACCUCAAUUACCCUAAACAUUUGAACGGUAGUGGAAAUAUAAUUUAGCAGCAAAGAAUGUCAAAUUAAAUAUUCUGACCACUAAUAAAAAUGGUAACAACCCCCACAAAAGAAAGUAUGAAAAGGGGCAUAUAAAAGACAGAGUAAGCAAAUACUGAUCUGCACUGAUUUUCAUGGCGGUUUAAAACAAAAUAUCCAUUACUGGCCACAACAUGAUUUGAUAUUCACUCUAGAGAGUUACAUUUAUCAGUUAUUUGAACCGACCCCGGAGUCAGUGUUGUAAUGCUAAAUGUUGCAGUUACUGUUGCAAAUUACUCUGUCCCAAAACCACUUGGGGCUGGUGAAAUCUUGAGAGAUGAAAUAUUUUGAUACUAUUCAUGUUAUUAAAAUAUUUAUUUUGUGGA